GUGUCCCAGCAGACGCCUUCGGUCAGAGGGGCAAGACUGCAUGCGCUCAGCUUGGACUUCGAUGGUGCACCGGUCCUGUUAGCGGAUCAAGCUGAUGCAGGCUUUCCGGUGGCGGGCAUUAUUGCAGUGGCAGUAGUCGCGUUGGGUGCUGCGUUGCUCUUUGCCAGCAAGUCUCAGCCGCGGAAGGAUGGCGCCAAGGAAGAGGAGCUGCCGCCCUGGACCGACAUGGUGCAAGUCACUCGGGACGUGCUCAGUGGACAGCCGUUCGACUCAGUCCUGCUCAACAUGCGUGCCCGCCAUGGCGAUGCCUUCCGCAUCUACGUGCCGAGCCUGUUCGGGGAGGUCUUCGUGCUGAUGGGGCUGAAGGCCAAUCAGUUCGUCUUCACCGAGCAGGAUAAGAACCUUGACCAGGCCCUGGGCGGAGUUGUUGGGACAGCUGUCUCAGGCAAGAAGACCAUGGGAACCAAGGAGCGUAAAGCCACAGAGUCGGGGAAGAUCUUCGACAAGGCUUCUGCUGCCUUCUUCGCCAACAAGCAAGCGUUGACCCGGGCGACGCAGAUUUUUGUAGACUCUGCGGAGGACUUCUGCGAUCAGAUCCAGGGCACGCUCAAGUCAGACAAGAACGUCUUCGAACAGCUGUGGACCUAUGUUGUCCAGACCAAUGCAGACAUGCUUUACGGCAACGGCGAGAAUGCCGGAAGAAUAGUCUGCAAGACCAUCGACAGCAUCAACAAGGACGGCCUUUUCUCGCCACAGGUGCGCCAGGCGGGGGACGACCUCCGGUCCGUUCUCAACGAGAGAUACGAGGAUCGGAAACAGCAUCCUGAGAAGUACGAGGGGGAGGAUUCCCUGUUCGAGGAGUUUUUCCUGCUUUCCAAAGGUGAGGCAGAUGAUGAGAUGCUGCAAGGUCUACAGCAGUUCAUGCUGACCCUGCAGCUUGCGGCGAACGGAAACCAGCUGGUGACCAUCCGAUGGCUGAUGUCUCAUGUCUAUGGAGACCCAGCGAUCCUGGCUGGCAUCCGGGCGGAGGUGGACGCCCUGCUUCUCAAGAAGGGCUGCGGCAUCCGAGAUCUGAAGCUCGAUGACCUCCUUGGGCUGAGCUUGACCAACGCCUGCAUCACGGAGGCAGUGAGGUUACACAGUGACAUUCCUGCGAAGCUCACGCUGCGAACUGCAGAGAUUCCCAUGGAGUUCGGUGGGUAUAAGAUUCCUCAGGGUGCCACAAUCUUCUUGUACGCCGAUGCCGUUCACAAGGACGAGAAGUACUUUAAGGAUUCUGGCUCCUUCUGUCCGCACCGCUAUACGGAUCCAGAGACCUUCAAUCAGAUGAACAGAGAGAGGGAGAUUGUGACAUUUGGCCAUGGCAGAAAGCGCUGCACUGGCGAGCUGCACGCUAGAUCACAAAUCUCUGCUCUCCUGGCAUCGUUCGUCAUGAGAUUCGACAUGGACCUCGUCACCGACGAGUCGGACAAUCGGAUGCCCGAGGACCACGAUGGCCCCUUCGUUUUUGACACGGCCAACACCCUGAAGUUGGUAAACCUGCGUGCGAGAGCAGGAGGUGAUGCCGGCCAGACUGCGGCAGUGGCCUCUGUGGCCACGGCGGCCUUGCCAGGCCGGCUGUCUCCGCCCACUGAGGGCAGCUCUGGUGGUUCCUGCCCCUUCAGCGGUGUGUUCGGCAGCCGCCGGCCGUGA